UUCUGCAUUCUGUGGGAUAUUAAGAUAUCUUGUGAGAACGAUUGUUUUUGGACAUAAAAACAUUCAGAAGAUGGAGGACAAAGUCAGUGGAAACACAGCUGUCGAGACCGCGGAGAACAAUGUCGCAGUCACCAAGAAGGCUAGCAAGAGUAAGGUUAAGACACAGCAGAAGAAAAUAUCGUCGCGGCCACCAACUUCUGAGAUGGUGACAGCAGCUAUCAAAGAGUUGAAAGAUCGCAAAGGCUCGUCCUUCCAAGCGAUCAAGAAGUACAUAGUGUCAACGUACAAGGUGGACGGUGAGAAGGUUGCUCCGUUUAUCAAGAGAUACCUGAAAUCUGCCGUUACUGCGGGUGCUGUCGUGCAGACCAAAGGUAAGGGUGCCACCGGUUCUUUUAAAUUGUCAACGGACAAGCCUAAGCCCACCAAGUCCAAGGGAAAGGCGCCACGUGCCUUAGGUAAUUCGGACGUAUGGAAGGCUGGUACAAAGAAGGACGUGCAGACAGAAAAGGCUCCACGGAAACCAGCUGCCGCAAAGAAGACGACUAGGAAACCUGCGACGAGUCUGAAGAAACUAGCAGCCACUUCGAAGGCUGUCGCGAAGACUGCUGGAAAGAAGGGCAAGGCUGCCAAGGAGUGGCUGCCCAAGUCACCCUCGAAGACAAAAAAGGCUGUAAAAGCACCUGCAGCAAAGACCAAGACACCUAAACCGAAGAAAGCCACAGGGAAAGCUGUGAAGGCCGCAGCAAAGAAAUAAUUGUUCUGCGAUGGAUAUAACUCGCUGCAGUUACAAAUGGCCCUUUUCAGGGCCCAAAUUAUUUUU